AUGGGCUGGACAACGUGCAAUACCACUACAGAGGAGCAGAAAAUUGAGGAGGUCGAUCUCUGGGAUGGCGGCAUCACAUUUCACGAGCUGUCCCUGAUCUUGGGCGGUGUCUGCGCCCUGAUCGCCUGCGUCAUAUCCAUUUUCCUGAUCAUGGGCCAUGCCACGCACUACAGUAAACCCGUCGAACAGCGCCAUAUUAUUCGCAUCCUUUGGAUGGUCCCUGUCUACUCGGUCGUCGCAUGGAUCAGUAUUCUUUUCUACCACGACGCCGUCUAUUUCGAAGUGAUCGGCAACUGCUACGAAGCCUUCUGUAUCGCCGCUUUCUUCGGCCUCAUGUGCCACUACAUCGCUCCCGACCUACACAGCCAAAAGGACUAUUUCCGAGGAAUCCAACCAAAGACAUGGCUUUGGCCUUUGAAUCACUUUCAAAAAUGGGCGUGUUGCGGUGGGGAACGCCUCUGGAGAAACCCGCGCAGUGGAUUGACAUGGUUUAAUAUUAUUUGGACCGGUGUUUUCCAAUACUGCGUGCUGCGCGUGUUGAUGACCGUGGUUUCUGUGCUCGCUCAAGUCGGCGGCAGGUAUUGCGAGGAGUCAAUGAGCCCGGCAUUUGCGCACGUUUGGGUGAUCAUCUUCGAAUCCAUCUCCGUCUCAAUUGCGAUGUAUUGUUUGAUUCAAUUCUACUACCAAAUCAAAGAUGAUAUUCGGGAGCACAGGCCGUUCAUGAAGAUCCUCUCCAUCAAGCUGGUCAUUUUCUUGUCAUUCUGGCAAUCGACACUCAUCAGCAUCCUCGUGACCAUGGGCGCCAUCAAUUCAACCCCGAAAAUAGCUCUGGCAGACCUGAAAUACGGACUCCCCGAGCUCCUUAUCAACAUCGAAAUGGCUAUAUUCUCCUUCCUGCACCUAUGGGCCUUCGCCUGGAAACCCUACGCCGUGCAACCCGGCGAGGUAACCGAUUUCUACGGCAAUGGCAAAGAGUCGUACCAAGGGGGACGCUUCGGUCUCAAAGCGCUCGUCGAUGCCAUGAACCCAUUUGACCUAGUGAAGGCUAUUGGGCGCGGUGGCCGGUGGUUAUUCGUCGGGCGCAAGAACCGCACGCAGGAUCCAAGCUAUCAGCAGCGAGACGAAAACAACAUUGGCCUGGAGUCUUCACAGUCCGGUACCGGGGGAACUUCCUACCAAGGCGCCGGCACAGCGAUGUCUGGUGCUCGAAAGAGCCGCUAUGGCGGUGACGAGGAGGGCCAGGUCCUGCUCGCUAAUGCCCAGUCAAAUCCCGAGACUGGCCACUUCGGUACGUCUCCGUACUCAGAGUCGGACGAGUAUCUCGGAGAGCAACCAGGCCGCUUUUACCGGAGCAGCGGUGGCCACGGCCACGACCACGGUCAUGCCCUUGAAAGCGGCCCCUCGCCCUAUGAUGAUAUCGAGCAACAAAAUCUCGGGUAUACCCACGAUGGCCCGAACCACCCUUAUCCAGUUGACGGGCCUCUGCGGGAACAAGCACCCAUGCCAAUGCCAGACCCGUACCAGCCCCCGCCUCCAUACCCCGAUGAUCACGAUCACCGCUACCCUGGACAUUCAUGA